AUGAAACCAUCUACAGUCCUCCCCAUCGUCUCCGCCCUCGUCGGCGGCGUCGCGAGUCAGGGCCUCUGUGCCACGGAGGAUCCGACCCCCGAGACGCUCGCGCUCCUCGGCAAGCUCCAGCAGCGGGAGAGGCGCGGCACGCUGGUUCGGCGGCAAUCGGCAGCGGCGAACCUCACGGUGCCGGUGCACAUGCACGCCGUCGUGUCCGAGGGCCAGGACGAGCGGAUCCCGGAGGCGCAGCUGCAGCAGCAGUUCCAGGUCCUCGUCGACUCGUUCGCGCCGAGCAACAUCCACCUCGUGCUCGAGGGCCAGACGCGGACCGUCGACGGCGAGCUGGCGCGCGGGCCGCUGGGGCAGGGCGCGGGCUUCCAGGAGUUCGUGAGGACGACGCGCGCGGGCGGCUACGGCACGCUCAACGUCUACUUCUACACGGACAUGGACCCGGGCGUGUCGGGCAUCUGCAACCUGCCGUCCAUCGGCGGCGGCGAGGACCCGUUCAUCUGGAACGACCCGUGCCACAUCCUCGCGGCGACCAUGCCGGGCGACGGCGCCGAGGGCGUGCAGGGCAAGACGGCGGUGCACGAGGUCGGGCACUGGUUCGGCCUGCUGCACACAUUCCACGGCAGCACGUGCAACCCCCUUGGCGGCGACAUGGUCGACGACACGCCGCCGGAGAGCGUGGCCACGACGGGGUGUCCUGUCGGGAAGGACAGCUGCCCCGAGCAGCCGGGUCUUGAUCCUAUUCACAACUACAUGGACUAUUCGAGCGACCCUUGUCUCACAGAGUUCACCCCAGGACAGACCUUCAGGAUGCAUGAUACGUUUGCUUGGACGCGUGCAUCGUCGUAG